CUCUAUCUCGCUCUCUCCAUCAUCUCUCUCUCUCCUUCCAUCAGAGGCUCGGAUAGUUUUCCCUCUUGCGCGCACAGACACAAUCUCACUCUCUCUCUCUCCCACCCCUCCCUCUCUCUCUCUCUCCAUUGCUCACCCUUUCUCUCCAUCCUUCGUUCUCUCUCUCCCCUUCAGCUCACCUCUAGCCAGUCGGCGUUGACUCUGCGCAGGAGAAAGAUCACAUCUCCGGUCUUCAGGCUCAGCUCCAGGCGCCCGUUCCCGUUGAAGUCGAAUAAGGCCUGAACACACACACACACACACACACACACACACACACGGCAAGCGGACAGCAUUGUGAGUACACGCGAGCCAAGAUGGCGAUGCAAGACUUACUCAAAGCUGAUGACAUCAAGACGGCCCUGGACACAUUCAAAGAUGCUGACUCCUUUGACCAUAAGAAGUUCUUCGAGCUGGUUGGUCUGAAGGCCAUGUCUGCAGAGAAUGUGAAGAGGGUUUUCAGAGUCCUGGAUGUUGAUGCCAGUGGCUUCAUUGAGGAAGACGAGCUCAAGUUUGUUCUGAAAGGCUUUUCCAAAGAUGGCAGAGAUCUGACUGAUAACGAGACCAAAGCCUUCCUUGCUGCAGCCGACAAGGAUGGAGACGGAAAGAUCGGCAUCGAUGGUGAGAGACAGACAGACCAGGAGAGAGUUUGAAGCCAUUGUGCACGAGUGAACAGGAAAACACCUGGCAACCCCAAACACGUCCUCCUGUCCUGCUGUCCCCGUCUUUAUUUAAACCUUUUUUUUUUUUUAUACAGAAAACACCCACAUCACCUGCCGGGAAUCCUGCUUUCUGUUUUUCACACCUCCCUUCCCUUCCCAUCUCUCUCUCCUGUUCUUACUCUCCUUUUCUUUGUUUCUCGCCCUCCCCUUCCCCACCCCACCCCCUCCUCGUCCCCUUGGAUAGAGCCGGUAAAACAGUGAUGCGCAAAAAAAAAAAUUUAAAGACAACAAAGUGUGACGACAAAGCUGUGAUAAAAGAAAACUUGAGAGAGAAAUAAAAUGAA